ACACCCCACGCAUGUCAGUCGUGCGUUCGCCGUCCGUGUGCGAGUCGCUUUUUCGCGUUUCGGAAAACACACACACACACACAAACGCGCGCGCGCGCGACCGCGCUGGCGCACACGUACACACGGGAGAAUGCGAUUCGAACGCGGUGCCAUCGAAGAGUAGUAGUCGUAGCGGUGUCCUCUUCAAAACGUAGACCUAACAAUAAUAACAGUUCCGAAGAAAUAAUCGCAAAACUGUUCAUUUUUUUUUUUUUCGUUUUCCGUUCGCGACAUUUUCGUCUCCUAGCGCGCAUUGGCAGCCGUCGUCGAAAUCGUUCUCUGAGGUCCGCGUGCUCAUCUUAGCGGUCGCCAAUAGAAAAUAUUACGUUCGUUUGCGCGCGCAAUCCUUUUGUUUUCUCGCGGUCCGUGUUCGUUUAUUUAUUUAUUUUUUUUUUUUUCGUUUAUUUUCGUUUACCAGUUAUAAUUUCUCCGCCGAGACAUUUUUCGCGACGACCGCACCUUCGAAGUCUUGCGAUCGUCGACACGGAUUUUUGGUGCGAUGGUUAUUUAAAUAAUGCAUCAGUUGUACUGCGUUUUUGAGUAUGCUCAUUGAAGAAAUAUUUAGAAACGAUACCUUCCAUAACGACAGUAUAAGCCACAGCAGCAGUAACCAGGACCUGUGGGGACCGAAAAGAGAUCCAUUACCAGUAGUCGUACCCGUGACACUAAUCUACACGUUGAUAUUCAUCUCGGGCAUCGUGGGAAACGUGAGCACGUGCAUAGUGAUCGCCCGGAACAAGUAUAUGCACACGGCCACCAAUUACUAUCUUUUCAGUCUCGCCGUGUCUGACCUGCUGCUCUUGUUGUCUGGACUACCGCAGGAAAUCUACCAAACAUGGUCCAGAUAUCCCUAUGUUUUCGGAGAAAUGUUUUGCAUAAUCAGAGGGUUCGCUGCGGAGACAUCGACGAACGCUACAGUAUUGACGAUUACGGCAUUUACCAUCGAAAGAUACGUUGCAAUUUGUCAUCCGUUUCUAUCGCACACAGAAUCCAACCUUUCCAGAGCAUUUAAAUACAUAUUAAUAAUUUGGAUGGUGGCUUUGACACUUGCUUUUCCUCAGGCUAUUCAAAUGGGACUAGUGUACGGGCAGGACCAGAACGGCAUCACCAUACCCGAAUUGUCCACAUGUGGUCUGGCCAACAAACUGCCGUACGCAUUCGAACUGUCAUCAGUGCUCUUCUUCCUGGCUCCUUGGACUCUGAUCGUCGUCCUGUACAUACUCAUCGGACUCAAACUGUACAAGUCAAAGCGCGACUCGUCCAGAACCACGUGCUCAGCGCACUGCCGACACACAGCGUGCUUGAGUUCCACCAACACCAGGGCCACCGGACGAGUGGUCAAAAUGCUUGUAGUCGUGGUGGUAGCAUUUUUCGUCUGCUGGGCGCCCUUCCAGGCACAAAGAUUGGUGGCCAUCUAUGGAGACGCUGACCAUGAAGACCGUUCUAGCGUGUCUAUAAUUGAUGUGAACUUCUACCAGGUGCUGAAUUACGUAUCGGGUAUUCUGUACUACUUGUCAGCCACUAUUAACCCACUGCUGUACAACCUCAUGUCAUACAAGUUCAGGACUGCAUUUAAAGAAACCUGGAAAUCUUGCAAGGGAGCUAGUGGCUUGAGCCCUGAUCAUGGCAUGCCUACACUGGACUAUAAAUGGCAGAGACAUCAUAGCCACAGCAGAAGUUUCAGCAGCAGUCACUUUGACGAGGUGAAUUCGAUGAAGCGACUGAUGACCACCAAGUCCUGGCAACCCACGAUCGUCACAAUCAACGAGUCCAGUGGUACGGCCACGUCGUCGACCGUGGACAAAGCGUUACGAUUCCCGCGCAAAACGAUUUUCAACAAACAAGACGUAAUCGCAGAAAACGGCGAAGCUAUGUUGGACAACAGCAUCAUGGUCGGCGAGCUGACCAACAACAACAGGACGACCACGACGUUGAUGGCGCCGAAUUGAACGUCUCCUGCUGGCUCCUGCGCGUUCAAACGUGGCCCGUCCGGGACGCCGCGAAUGGAAAAUCUCAGCAGAGACGUUACACGGGAACCCGGUCCCGGUGAUAACCGACCACCGACUCGACGAUUUGAUUCCUUUGUUCGGUUACUAAUUGCAAGGGAAAUUUGCAUUUCCUCUCACCGCCGCUGGCACAGAAAGUCCGCGAUGCGUACCCUACAACUUUCUGUUCGUGGACCACGGGAAAAACACUGUAGAAAAAUGUUGAAAGACAUUGUAUUCAUUUCGAAUUGAUAUUGUUUGCGUUAUCAAAUGAAGGGUGUUGUAGAAAAAAAAAACUCCUCGGUUAUAAUUUUUUCGUUAUUUUCUGUCAGUGUUUCUCCCGUUUUUAUAAAAAAAAAAAAAAAAAUACAAAAAUAAAACCAUAAGCACGACUUUGUCGUAUUUCCAAAUGUCCCUACAUUUUUCUUCUUGUUUUGCUGAAUAUGCAUUGAGUAGCCCACCUGCUAUUAUAUAUAAGAUAUAUAUACAUAUUAUUAUAUAACACACAUAUUAUAUUAUU